CAAGGGAGGGAGCAAGGGAGGGAGGAGGCCAGACGGCGGGGGAGGGGAGCGGCGGUGGCGCAAGCGGCGCGGAGCAGCGCUGCCCCGGUCUGCUACUGCGUGGCUGCGUGCUCCCGACCCGGUCGGUGGAGCCGGCGCCCCCCGCGCGCUUCUGAGCGGCCGCAGGAGUCCAUGGUGCGGAACUUAGCGGCGGAGUGACGGGCGCCUGGCUGCUUCCUGCGCUGGGGCGGCCGCUGGAGCGAGCGCCUGGACCUCGGCCUGAGGAAACCCCUUCACACAGAGAAUGAAGAAGAAAUCUGGGUGUAACCCUCCCAUGGGUGAUCAGGAGUCUGAAGAUAUGGAAGGUCUAAUCUGCUUUUUAGUCAUUCUGUAUGGUAUUUGAAAGUUCUGAUAUUUGAAUCCAGUGGAUUUCUAAAUUUGUUUCUGCUGAUUCUCAGUCAAGGUGAAGAAAACAGAAAUAAUACUCACACCACUGGCCUAUUGUAUAGUGAAGCAGACAGAUGUCCAAUAUGUCUUAAUUACCUGUUAGGGAAGGAAGUUGGUUUUCCAGAAAGUUGUAAUCAUGUCUUCUGUAUAACCUGUAUUCUUAAAUGGGCAGAGGAGGGGCUAUCUGUAGGCAGCCUUUGUGAUUGAGGAUAGAGCAGCAUCAGGAAGCAAGAAAUAUUAGAAACCAAGAAUCCUGAAUUCCCAAAUAAGGAAGGUUUCCUGUUCUUACAUUUAAAUAUGGGUUUUUCUGAGCUGGGAAUUUACAACGCGACAGACUACUAGGACACUGGCUUCAUGUCCUAUUGACCGAAAACCUUUUCAGGCUGUACUUAAGUUUAGUGCAUUGGAAGGUUGUGUUAAGGUUGGAGUCAAAAGACAGUUGAGGGAAAUAAAAGACAAGCAAAAUGAAAGCCCUCUUAAGAAGCAGCACCCCAGUCGUGGGGUUUCUAAAAGCUACAUGAGAAAAAGAAACAUCAUAAGAGAAGAUCUAUUAUGUGAAAGAUUUUAUGACUUGAUGUUAUAUAGAAACUUUUCAAACAGUAAAAUGAGAGGAAAGAAAAAUGGAGCAGUAAAGCCUCGAAGAUCAAAUCAGUGUACAAGUCCUUGCAUCAGAAAUUUUUUCUCCAAUAUGUUUUCUUCAAGUAGUCACAGUGGAGAAUCUUUUACCUACAGAGCUUACUGUACAGAAUUUAUAGAAGUCAGUGAAAUCAGUGCAAUGGUGAGGCAGAAGCGACAGGAACUGGAAUUGUCAUGGUUUCCUGGACUUGGAAGAAUUGGUUUUAUACCUUGGAAUGUUGAAACAGAAGUUCUUCCUCUCAUCACGUCUGUGUUGCCGAGGACUAUUUUUCCAAGUACCAUGUCAUUAGAAAAUUUUGGUAUGCCUCAUAAGGAGUGUGCGUUAGCACGUACCCACGGAGGAGAAGAGAAAAAGCAGACCUCUGGUACAUCAAAUACCAGAGGAUCAAGGCGGAAACCUGCAACAACUACUCCUACAAGGAGAUCCACACGCACCACAAGAGCUGAGACACUCAGUCAGUCUCAGAAGGCCCCAGUGUCAAAUAAUUCCGGGUCUGAUGCCCCGGGUAACAGUGCUCCUUCUGUAAGUGUUUCCCCUCCAUCCGAAUUAGAAAAGCAAACAAGACAGGCACCAAAACGGAAGUCUAUAAGGAGAGGAGGAAAAGCACCCUUAUUGAAAAAGAGACUUCGGAGACCUGUGCCCACACCUGAAAAGACAUCGUCUAGUGAGUCAACAGUAGAGGAAGAAGCAGCAGAUUCUGAUGCACCCCCUGUGUUAGAGAAGGAGCAGCAAUCCGACGUAGAAAGCACAGACAUUUGCUCUGUGCAGACAGAUGUGGAAAACCAUUUGGUUAAUUCUUUAAACAGUUGCAGUGAACAAACUAGAGAAAAUGAGGAAAAUAGCAAAAAUCAUGAUACAGAGGAACAAGUGGAAUUUUCCUGUUCUGAGUCUUGUACUCAGGAACCCCCUGUGAUAGUUGGGGAGGAGGAAAAUCAAACUCUCGAGGAUACAGGUGCAGAAGCUAAAAUUGUAUGUAUAGAAAGUGAGGUUUCUCAAGAGACUUUUGUAAAAGGAAGCGAUCCACUAGACAGUUCAGACCACGCACCUGCGUCUUCAGAGUCAGAGGUGAAGACACUUGCAUGUGCAGAUUGUCCUCCAGGUGACCUUAUUACAAGGUCAGCCUCUGAUGUGGAAGGACACCAACCAGUGUGCCUCAGUCAACUAGGUGAGGUAUCCGAAGAUGCAGAGUCAGUGGUUAAUGAAGAAAAAACAAUGCAAAGUCUUCAGGUAGAAAGUACUGAUAAUAAAGAAUCUGCAGCAAAAAUAGAAGUACUUAUAGCGAGCCCCAAGUUACACUCUUCUGAGGGUGAAAUUGUACACACAGUGGACAGAAGUUGUAUUGAGAGUGCAGAGAUUCAGUCACCUAAGCACAUUGAAACUGAAAAUGCAGAAGUAACACCAACAUGUGACGCUUCAGAAAAUGAAAGUCUCAGUAAUCAAGAAUGUGAGCAUAAUUUAUUAAAAAAUAAUCUUGACAACACCCAGUUAGGUACAUCUCUUGAAGAAAAGACAGGAUCUCUGAUUGAUCAUCCCAUACCUAUAGAGUUGCCUUCCACACAGAGUGAACAGAGUGAGAAGCAUGUUAGUGAAGAUAAUAAUGAAACAAUUCCUAUGGAGUGUGAUUCAUUUUGUAGUGACCAGAAUGAGUCUGAAGUUGAAUCAUCUGUAAAUGCUGAUGCUAAACAGUUGAAUGAAAAUGAUGUGGCACAUAGUAAUGAAAAUAAGUCGUCUUCUGAUCCUACAGAUGAGAAGGUUGAAACUGUAUCUCAGUCAACUGAAAGUCCAGUGGGUAUGACAGAUAAAGGCAAAAAGCCUCGUACUCGAAGAUCUAGAUUUCAUUCUCCAUCUACAACUUGGUCCCCCAACAAAGACGCUACAGAGGAAAAGAAGCGGUCUCAGUCUCCAUCUCCCAAGAGAGGAACUGGAGUAGAAAGCAAGACAUCUCGGUCUCCUUCACCUAAGAAAGAAUCUGCUAGAGGACGGAGAAAGUCUCGUUCUCUGUCACCAAGAAAGGAUGUGUUACGAGAACGUAGGCACUCCCAGUCUCGGUCUCCAAAGAGAGAGAGUUCGAGGGAAGCCAAAAGAUCUGAGUCACAGUCUCCACGGAGAGAUCCUUCGAGAGAGAACCGGAGAUCUCAAUCAAGAGUGAAAGAUUCUUCCUCAAGAGAAAAAUCUAGGUCCCGGAGCCGAGAGAGAGAAAAUGAUAGAGAUGGGCCGAGGAGAGAUCGAGACAGAGAACGAAGAGCCAGAAGGUGGUCACGGUCUAGAUCUCGUUCUCGAUCCCCAUCAAGAUCGAGAACAAAAAGUAAGACUUCAUCAUUCAGUAGAAAUGAAAGAGAUCAUCACUCUCCUCGGUGGAAGGAGAGAUGGACAAAUGACGGUUGGCGGUGUCCACGAGGGAACGAUCGGUACCGAAGGACUGACUCAGAGAAACAGGACGAAAAUAUGAGAAAGGGAAAAAGUGACAGUGCGGACACUAAUGCUCCAAACUCUUCUGACAAGCAUAGAAAUGACUGUCCCAGUUGGGUAACAGAAAAAAUAAAUUCUGGGCCAGAUCCAAGGACCAGAAAUCCAGAAAAGUUAAAAGAUUCCCACUGGGAAGAAAACAGAAAUGAAAAUUCAGGGAAUUCUUGGAGUAAGAACUUUGGCUCGGGUUGGAUGUCUAACCGUGGUAGAGGCACCCGUGGCAGAGGCACUUACGGAGGUAGUUUUGCUUUUGCUGAUCAGAGUGAAAAUAGGUGGCAAAACCGGAAACCCCUCUCAGGGAAUUCUAAUAGUCCAGGGAAUGACUCUCUGAAAUUUAUGGAACAGCAACCCUAUAAGCGGAAAAGUGAGCAAGAGUUCACCUUUGAUACGCCAGCAGAUCGGUCAGGGUGGACAUCUGCGUCCAGCUGGGCUGUGAGAAAGACUCUGCCAGCAGAUGUGCAAAACUACUAUUCCCGGCGCGGGAGGAAUGCUUCAGGUCCGCAGUCUGCAUGGAUGAGACAGGAGGAAACACCUGAACAGGAUUCUAACUUAAAAGACCAAACAAACCAAGUUGAUGGUUCUCAGCUACCUGUAAAUAUGAUGCAACCACAGAUGAAUAUAAUUCAGCAACAAAUGACUGCACAACCUCAGCCUAUGAAUAUCUACCCAUAUCCAGUGGGUGUUCAUGCCCCUUUGAUGAACAUGCAACGCAGUCCAUUUCCGAUGCAUCCUCAGCUCCCUUUGCAUCUCCACCCAGGAAUGCCUCUCAUGCAGGUAGCUCCUCCUACCGUAACUCAGGGACUGCCGCCACCACCACCCCCUCCCCCACCGUCCCAACAGGUCAGCUACAUUGCUUCACAACCAGAUGGAAAACAGUUGCAGGGUGUUCCUACUGCUUCUCAUGUAAGUAGUAACAUGAGCACACCAGUGUUGCCUGCCCCGACAGCAGCCCCAGGAAACGCAGGAGCAGUUCAGGGACCAAGUUCUGGUAAUACUUCGUCAUCAAGUCUCAUCCAGGCCUCUAAUGCUGCUGUAAAAUUGGCAGAAAGCAAAGUAAGUGUUAGAGUGGAAGCCAGCGCAGAUAGCUCGAGGACAGACAAGAAAUUACAAAUUCAAGAAAAAGCAGCACAGGAGGUAAAAUUGGCUAUUAAGCCGUUUUACCAAAAUAAAGAUAUCACCAAGGAGGAGUAUAAAGAGAUUGUACGGAAAGCAGUAGAUAAAGUCUGUCAUAGUAGGAGUGGAGAAGUAAAUUCUACUAAAGUGGCAAAUCUGGUUAAAGCCUAUGUAGACAAAUACAAAUACUCACGGAAGGGGAGCCAGAAGAAAACUCUGGAAGAGCCUGUGUCUACGGAGAAAAAUACAGGCUGAAAUGGGGAGUGCUGUAAAGGACUUGGUCAAGAUACCUGCAAAGUGCAAUUUCAACUUGUACCGUUAACUGAAAAUCAUACAGAACUGUGAUUGAAACUUGGUUUUGAUAAAAUUAUUUUUUUUACUGUAGGAUAUAAUGUUUUGUUCUAAAUAUAGCUGUGCACUGCAACUUCUAUAUCUAACCCCCGCCCUCAAUAAAGCAAAUUCAAGGGAAAAUCAAGGGUGUAAUGGAAUGUGCAUUUAUAUUAGGAAUAUGUUACAGUGUGAAUACUGAAAGAUACAUAGCUUUUUAAGUAGGACAAUGGAAUACGUAAAUUAGAAACUAAAAGCACUGGUUUUGGAACACACACAUAUCUAUGUAUAAUGCAUUUAUUCUGUAAGGCUAAAAAAUAAAGUAUGAUCUUUGAUUUUUUCCCCUCUAAUUAUAGAAAGUUAAAUAAUUAUUACCAUUAAAAUAUUUCUGGUAUUAAUAGAACAAAUCUAUUGCAGGGUCUCUAAUGUGUAUUUUUAAAUCACAUGUCUGAAAUAAGUUGCCUAGGUAGAAAGAAAAUUAUCACAAGUGCGAGGUGGUGCUCAGUCUUGAAGACACCGUCACCUGUUGUGUCAGCACACGGAGGCCAUGCUGCUUGUUUUUGUUUUGUGCCUUUCCCUACCCCAGCAGUGUGAUUGUUAAGACGACAGCUUUUAUACUUUGAAGUCCUGGUUGAAAUCAGAAGACCAAUUUAGGGUGAAAAAAUCUGGCUUUUAAGAGAUGAUCUUCUUUCAUAAUGCCAUCUGCCAUCAGUGAUGGUGAGUCAUUUGUGCCAACUGGGGAAUUGCUGUUAGGUGGUGACCUUCCUUUCAUUGGGACUGAGGCAGAAUGCUAAGGCCUGCCUCACUGUCUUCAGUCCCCAGGGGAUUCUUUUCACACUGGUCUCCAGAUGCUUUAUAGUGAACAAAGUGUUGGUUUGGUGGCCAUUAGCCAUGUUGCAGAAUUUUAUAUAUUAAAACUUGUGUUUGACAAACAGAAGAAAGUUAAGUAAUCACGUCUGUAUCAGGACUAGAUGUAUUUUCUUUUGCUUUGUUUUUAAGUGCUGAGUAUAUUACUGUUUACGAAAGGUAAGUUUGAAGUGUGUGUGGUACUGUUGUUUUAGUAGGUAUCUGGAAGGACAAAGUAGCCCUUUCUGUGAUAAGGUUUUCAGUAUUGAUUUUCAGUAGCCAUGACAUAGCUGAAAGGUGUUGAGAUGAUAUGAGAGUGGAUCCAAGGUAAAUACUUGCCUUGGUCAGGCUGACCUGCUCACUGCGAGACCAGCACUCAUGUAAGGUUGUGCUUUUCUGAAGUCAAGAACUGUCUUGUCAAUGUUUGCUGCAUAAUACGUUCCUGGUGCCAGCUUUGAUUGGCAAAAUCCUUUUAAAUGUUAGCCCCAUGGUGAUUGCACAUGGUCGUUGAUGAGCUUCAUCAGUUAAUGAUUGCUGUCCUAAAAUAUUUCCAAACAGUUUUUGAUCCCCAUUUUACACUUCUGGGCAUUUUUUGCACACAGUUUUACUGACAUACUUUGAAUUAAAGUUUAUGUUUAGAUCAUGAUGUCAAAAGAAGUUUGGGUGUUUCUUCUGAUAAAAUGCUAAGAUGGUGUUUGCCGUACCUCCCGCACACCUCCUCUCCCACACACCUCCCUGGUUCAGUUCUGAAUCCAUGACGUGGUAUAAACUUGCCUGUUUGAGUAAAGCCUGGUUCAUCCUUCGGAGUUUUUGUGAUGACUUGCUGUUUCUGCGCUAACUACUCCUGCAGCAACAUACUUUCCUGAUUUUUUUUUCACAGAUGCUUGGAAAGUCGAUGACAUUUAAAAGUUGUUUCUCCCAUUUUGCUUUUUGCAAACAAGCUUUAAAGCUUAGAAAUAACUAGGUGAUAGGGCAAAGAGCCCCAUGUCUUUGGCAGAGCCCACCAUUCCUGAAAGUUGCAAAUGUGUCCCCAUACCUGGUAGGGCACUGGCUCAAACUGCUUUCAAAUAGUGGCUGUUACUGGAUUAAAGUUUUAAAGAAUGAAUUAGAAAAUGCAUGCUUUGUGUUAAAAAAUACAUUGCUUUUACAUUCUUGUUUUUUUUUUUUUUCCUCAGAAAUUCACAUUAGUUUUGCAUGUAUAUAAAAUUAACCCCAAACAGUUUAUGGAGGUGCAGCUUUCUCGUCACUCAGUGUUGACUUGACCUUUGGAGCCUUGUUACCUCCGACUUGCUGUUCACAGUGACCCAUGUUUUAGGCUGGAGAGAUGCCUAACAGUAGUUACUCAUCAUGUCAACAUUCCAGAAGUUUUGUAAUUUGUUGUUAUGGUAAUUAUCACACUUUCUCCACUAUCUUCUUUAAGUGGCUGCAGUGUACUGCAGGCUGUCCAUCCAAAAAAUACGGCUCCAGGCGCACAGUGGCUGCACAGGUUGAGGCAUCGUGUUGUGAGGUUGGAGUGCUGUCUGCUGAAAACAGUACCUUAAACAGGAAUGUGGUGUGUGAUAUUUUCUAAUAAAUUCCUUUGGUAAACAAAGUAGUGUCUUUAAAAUUUUAUUGUUUUCUGGGAAGUGCUGACUUUUAUAUCGUUAUAGCCCUUUCCAGACGUGCUGAAUUGUUUCUUGGAUUUGUACCAAAGUAAUUAGCAUCAUGAUUACAUUAAUGUCCAGGCUGUAAAACAGGCUCAGAGCUAGCUAUAAGCAUAUAUUUUAAUAUUUUUUCUAAUAAUAUAGUCAUUGUAGGAAAUUAGAAAUAAAAAUGUUAGUAAUUUCUAAAGAGGGAAGGAACUGAGAAAGGAGGAGAAUCGUUUGUGAUCCCCAUAAGGUAACAGCUUCCAAUGCUGACUACGCUGCGCAUAGCUGUGUUGUAACCUAUUUUCAAUUACUGUGUUGAAUAUUCCAUUUUAAUAAAAAUUAAUUCAACAGUGUG